CUUCGCGCCAGAUUUGGCCUUAGCCCGCGAGCCUGGGGAUUGCAGCGGAGGAUGGAGAGCGGCGACGAGGAAGACGUCGAGAAGCGCCGAGUCCACCUACGCCCGGACACUCUACGCAGCGCCACCCCCGCCACGCUGCACCUUCUACCCUGUGACGUCCCGGUUAACCGGUCUGCCCCCGUGGGGAGCUUCUUCACCCCCGCCAUCCGUCAGGGUCCCGAAGGACUCGAAGUGUCGUUUCGGGGCCGCAGCCUGCGGGGAGAGGAGGUGGAGGUGCCGCCCGGCCUCGCGGGAUAUGUGAUGGUGAUGGAAGAGAAGAAAGAGGUGUUGGUGGGGAAGCACGGCUUCCCGCAGGGGUCAGACAAGCUGCUGGAGCCCCCGGAGGCGGCCCUGGAGCGGGACUUCGACCGUGUUAUCAGAGCCUCCGGCAGUUUCAGCCACUUCACCGUGUGGGGCCUGGAGACCGCCCCUGGCCCGGAUGCCAAAGUGCGUGCGGCCCUAACCUGGCCCAGCCUCGCCGCAGCGAUUCAUGCACAGGUGCCGGCGGACUGAGAACUAGAGCUGGAAGCUCAAAGCCACUGAUCCCUUCACCCAAUAAACCAACUCUUCACUUCUUA